AAAGUGUUUCCGUGUGCGUGUUGUUGCAAAGAUGUUUGUCAGGACUGCGCUGAGCGCCGUCUUCUUCUUCUUCUUCUUCUUCUUCUUCUUCUUCACGCACGCACAAGAAGUGCCGGCAGUCCAAGUCGUGUUCACUGAUAAAGGACUUCAGUACGCAAAGAAUGUGUUGACCAACUGGAUCCAGGACACCUUAGAACUUAUCACACUUCCUGAUGUCAAAGCUCAAAUUUCUUUGGGCUUUUUGGGCCAACUGGACUACACACUGAGUGGAGUGGAGAUGUCCAAGUGUGACUUCCCAGACCCGUGGGUCCAGUUCUCCCAGUCGGCAUCAGGAUCCGGACUAAAGAGCUCCCUGGCAGGUCUGAACAUGGCUCUGAGCGGAGACUGGAGAGUCCAGUGGGGGAUCUUGAAAGCAGGAGGCUCCUUUGACGUGGGCGUGUUCCAAGUGGGCGUGGCCUCAGAGCAGCACCUGGGACGAGACUCAGGUGGGCGUGUGUGUGUGAGCCAGGUGAGCUGUGAGGCCACAACUGGACAGGUGGACUUGCGUCUGCACGGCGGCUCCAGCUGGAUCCUGCAGCCUUUUGCCCGCCAUCUUGAGGCCUUCAUCAGACGCCGGAUACAGGCCAGACUUUGUCCCACCAUGGAGGAUCUGCUGGAGACCUUGGAACAGUACCUGCAGGCCAUGAAAGUCCGCCUGCAGGUCAAUCAGGACCUGAUGGUGGACCUGCCUCUCACCAGCAGGCCUGCGGUCCAGGCGGAAAGUCUGCGCCUCGGACUUAAGGGGGAGGUGACCAGUGUGGAAGAGCCAAAGGAUCCGCCCUUUGACCCGCAGCCAUUUGUGGUGCCUGACCACGCCCACUUCAUGCUGACCGCCGCCCUCUCCGACUUCACGCUUAACUCCGCCUCCUUCAGCUACUGGGCUGCAGGACUUCUGCACACCUUUAUCGACGACAGCAUGGUACCUGCAAGCUCACCUGUGCACCUCAACACCCGCUCACUGGGCGCCUUCAUUCCUCAGCUACCUGUGCUGUUCCCCGACCUGCCCGUGGUUCUGCAGGUGUACGCCAGGACCACACCCACCUUCUCCUUCCACCCUGGCAUCGUCACGCUCAUCUUGCCAGGUGCCAUCAAAGCCUUCGCCCUGCAGGCCAACGCCACGCACACGCCGCUCUUUAAACUGCACCUGGACUCCAGCUACCAGGGCAGCGUGCGGGCAGACGGCGGGCGGCUGAAGUCCUCGCUGAGGAUGGACAAUCUGACUCUGACGCUGGCAGCCACCACCAUUGGACCCUUUAAGACCGAGGCCUUGGAGAACUUGUCCAGUCUGACCAUGAAGAUGUUGGUCCUGCCUCCACUUAAUGAGCGACUGUCCAGGGGUGUACUUCUCCCACAGAGCAGACAUGUCCAGCUGGUACAAACAGCAGUGAGUGUCGAAGAGGGCUUCAUGGAUCUGCACUCAGAUGUUGAGCUGCGACUGAACCACGGCCAUCUUGGUCAAGAGGAGUGCUGAUUGUCAUGAGGGCGCCGAAGGAAGGUGUGACGACCACCACAAUGUAUACACACGGGUGGGAGUGCACCGUCUAGUGAGGAAAUAGCAACUAUGCCUUUUAGAAAUUAUUUUUUACCCUGCGGCCCAAAAGGGUCCCUCUCAGUAACGUGUAAUAAAAAUGCAUGUAUGUGCUCCAAUCACUACAUCACAAACAAAUAA